AUGAACAACAAGCACGUGUUAACCCUAAGAUUAAACAAUGACAUAAAGGGCAAUUUCAUCAGACUGCCUUCCAAUUUAUCUGACAUGGUAUUUAUGAGUGGAAUUAAUAUACAGUUUUUCAAUUUCGAGAUUGAUGAUAAAUGGCAUGUUUCAUGGGAUGGUUUUGAUUCUGCUGAUGCGGGGUCAUUGGAGAUGAGUCCUUCAUUGGCAUUGGUUUAUAAAUUACAACAUAACUCUACAAUCGAAUUAGAAAUCAAGAAAUUUGAAAGCGAAAAUCUGGAUGAUGUAACUGUCAGGGAGGUCUACGUUAAACCUGUAAGUAGUGACGAUUGGGAGAUUGCUGAAUUGAACGCUAGUUUUUUACAGGAUUCCAUAUUAAAACAAACAAAAGUGGUCCAUGAGCGAGGAUUUAUUGUUUGUUAUAUUGACAAUCUAAAUUGUAAAUUUUCCAUAGAUAAGAUGGUUCCAGAAUCACUGAAAGUAGGAUUACUAGGAGCUGGAUCAUUGAUUAUUGUGGAGCCCAGAGAAAAUAAAUCAAGAAAACAACGAACUAUCAGGAAACGAGAAAUUGUCACUAAAGUUAAGAGAUCUCUGUGCUGGAGUAAGGAUAAAGAACUCCCAGGCGUAUCUGUUGGAUUAAAUUUCAAAGAGCUAGUUUCAAGUUUUGCGUACAUUUCGAUUUUAGUGAACAAUUUUGAUCUAAAGAGGCAGUCCAAAAAUAUUACAAAAUUUUGUCAACGUAUUGCGGUCAAUGCCAUCGACCUACCAAAUUUACCAGCAAACCAUAUCUGUCUAUCAAAACUCGCUUGGAAUUCGCUAAGUUUACCGUCUACCUGUCAAUAUAAGAUCAAUAAUGGCAUAAAGUUCAAAAUUGAGUUUACAGAACCGCCGAUUAUACAUACAGAGGCAAAUAUUUUCAUUCACCAUUAUGAUAAUAAAGAUUUUGCAAAUUCAGUAUUAGGAAAUAUGCUUUUAACCAAUAACAUGUAUUUGCAAAACCACAAUAUUUCUAUUGAACUAUUAGCAAUUAAUGGAAAACAUAUCCCAGCUAUUGAUUUAUCCCAAGUUGAUCCAAAAAACAUUACAUACAGUCACAUAAAAGAAAGUGAACAAAUCAAACCAAAAUUUGAUAUUGAAGAACAGGAAACUCAUGAAUAUGUUGAUAUAAACGAAAAUAUUGCGGAGAUAAUCAAAUAUAUCACUCUUCCCAUAUUACCAUCCACAGGCCUUUUGAUAGAAGGUUCAUCUGGACAGGGCAAGACCACUACAUUACGCCGUAUAAACAGUAUUCUGCGCACAGAAUACAAUUAUCACACCAUAUAUUUGAAUUGUGAAGAGAUUGCUGAAUUUAAUAAUUUUGAGAAAAUGAAAAGCCUAAUAGAUGAAUGGGCCUCAGUAUUCAUUUGGUAUAAACCUAUGUGUUUGAUUUUAGACAAUAGUGAAUUUUUAUUCAAUGAAAUAAUUAGUGAAGAUAAAUCUAAGAAAAACAAGGCAAACUCAUUCAAAUUAGCAAAUUAUCUGAUCAGCGUACUGACAAAUAAUGACAGACAUGUCAUCGACAAUAAUAGGAUUAUUUUUAGUAGUAGUAAUAGGAAUUCAAUUAGUAAGCUAUUCUAUGAUAGACAUUUUAUUGAUAAAAUAUGGAGUCUGAAGGCACCAUCGAAAACCGAACGCCGUAAGAUAGUUGACUGGUAUUUGAAGAGAUUCCACGUGCCUACAGACGAUGACGAUACGAUCAAUGAUAUAGUAAUGGAAACUGAAGGGUAUUCAAUUAGUGAUAUUAAAACCUUGUCUUAUAAACUGCUGAAUGCAUACCAAAUAAAUCACCGUCUAAAUAAACGGGAGAUAUUAGAAAUAAUAGGAAAUUUUACACCUACAUCAUUACAAAGAGUGAAGCUUUCAAACAAUGCUAAGAAGAAAGUGAAAUGGGAGGAUAUUGGUGGACUUGUAAUGGCCAAAAAUGUUCUAUUAGAAACGCUAGAGUGGCCUACAAAGUACCAACCCGUAUUUCAAAAUUGUCCCUUGAGAUUAAGAUCUGGCAUCUUACUAUAUGGAUACCCGGGGUGUGGCAAGACAUUAUUAGCAAAUGCUGUAGCAUCACAAUGUGGGUUGAAUUUCAUUUCCAUAAAGGGUCCCGAAAUUUUAAACAAAUAUAUAGGAGCUAGUGAACAGAAUGUGAGAGAGUUAUUCGAGAAGGCAGAGUCCAUUAAACCGUGUGUGCUAUUUUUCGAUGAAUUUGAUUCUAUUGCAACGAAGAGAGGCCAUGACUCCACGGGUGUAACCGAUAGGGUAGUGAAUCAAUUGUUGACGGAAAUGGAUGGUGCCGAGGGAUUGAGUGGUGUAUACGUACUGGCAGCAACGAGUAGACCGGACUUGAUUGACCCUGCACUUUUGAGACCUGGUAGACUGGAUAAGAGUAUCAUAUGUGACAUCCCGAAUGAAAUGGAUAGAUAUGAUAUUCUGGACUGCGUGCUAUUCAAAGGGAAGCUUCAAUUUGCAGGAGCCGUAGAAGAUUUGAAACAGAUAGCAACUAUGACGCAAGGAUACUCUGGAGCAGAUUUACAAGGAUUAUGUUACAGUGCGCACCUGAAAGCCGUACAUCGACAGUUAGCUACCGAGAGAGUGCAGUUGACAACAGGGGGAGAAGAGACAAACGAUAUAGAAGUCUCCGUUAUCAAUGAACUGACGAAGAGAGAACAAAUAAUCGAGAACGUGAAAGAAAGAUUAGAUAAGAAGAAUGGCCAGGAGAAUUCAAACAUAGCAACAACAACCCGGGGUAAUGCCAAGACAGAAUUGGUAGUAUCAAUGCAAGAUCUACUUGAAGCCGUACAAGAAACAAGGCCAAGUAUAUCUCAACAGGAGUCACAGAAACUGAGAAAAAUUUACGAUCUCUUCCAAAAUAAUACAAGAGAAGGGACACUGCCCUCCACUGAAGUGAACCCUACAGACGUGGGAAACCGAAUAUCAUUAAUGUAA